ACUCAUCAUUUAUAUAUCAACCAACUUUCUUGAUUAAUUAUAUUAAGCAUGGCUAUUUCUUCAUCAUCUAAGCUUAAGUUUCUUGUUGUUAUUGUGAGUGUACUACUCGCUUUAGCUUCUACUAAUACCGCCUUCGGUAGCAACUUCGAUGUAGAGUUUGAACGAACUUUUGGUGAUAAUAGGGUCAAGACGUUUGGCCAUGGUGGCCAAAUCCUCUCCCUCUCCUUAGAUAAAUAUUCUGGAUCCGGGUUUCGCUCCAAGAAGGAUUAUGUGUUUGGGAGGUUCGAUAUGCAAUUGAAACUUGUUCCUGGCGAUUCUGCUGGCACUGUCACUACUCUUUAUUUGUCAUCCGAUCAAAGCACGGGUACACACGAUGAGAUCGAUUUCGAGUUCUUGGGAAAUGUAAGCGGACAGCCAUACACCAUCCACACUAAUGUGUUUAGCCAAGGGAAAGGCAACAGGGAGCAGCAAUUCCAUCUUUGGUUUGAUCCUACUAAGAACUUCCACACCUAUUCCAUCGUUUGGAACACAAAACUCAUCAUGUUCUUGGUUGAUGAAACACCAUUAAGAGUAUUCCGAAACCACGAAGAUAUUGGUGUUUCUUUCCCAAAGAACCAACCCAUGAAGAUAUACUCUAGCUUAUGGAACGCCGAUGAUUGGGCUACUCAAGGUGGUUUGGUUAAGACCGAUUGGUCUAAGGCUCCCUUCACGGCCUAUUAUCGUAACUUCAACAUAGACAGCACCACCCCUAGAGCCGCUAGGGCUGAUGCAUCCGCCGUUACAACAAUGUCAACCAAUGGGAAGACGACACUUGGUGCAUGGAGAACACAUGAUCUUGAUGCAUGGGGUAGAAGGAGAUUGAGAUGGGUUCAAAAGUACUUUAUGAUUUAUAAUUAUUGCGCAGAUUUGAAACGUUUCUCUCAAGGUUUUCCUCUUGAAUGCAAGCAUUCGCGCUUUUAGUUUGGACCUAAUUAAGUUUGUUAAUCGAUCAAUAGUUGGGUAUUUAUUAAUAUUUCUUUGUUUAAUGAUGAAUUGAAAUCCUCUACCCCACAAUUUGUUUAAUGUGCCACGAUGUUGUUAAUCGGAUAAUUUGUUCUUAUGUUAUGUUUAUGUAAGUGGGUUUAAUUUAUUCUCUUUC